AUGGACUUGAUGAAUUCACGAUUCAAAAAUUUUGGCGGCUUUGGUUCCAAGCGCACAACUUCUAGAACCGGAAACGUUUCUCUCCCUCAACAGCCGAGCACAACCACCCUUGCUCCCACAGCCACUAACGGCCUGGUUGCUCAUACACCCCCAGGCAGCACUUCUUCAACCGCCAGUCUCCCCAUGAAUCCCGCCCAGACCGGGCUUGGCCGCCCUCCGAGUUAUACAUACAAUCCCAACGCUCCCAGAGCGCAAAGUCCUAUGCCUCCUCAACAGCAGGUCGCCCAUCAUCCACCUCCCAUCAAUACAGGGGCGUACCCGCAGGGCCAUCCAGCCUUAGGAGGCACUCCGCAACCACCAGGAUAUGGAGGUGGGUACGGUCAAGGCCAGGGCAUGGGUGCGCCUCAACCUACUCUGGGCCAGUAUGGCGGUCGAGGACAAGCGGUCGAGGUCGAAGGUGCGGGAAGAAGCAAGGCGCAACUCAUCGUUGGCAUCGAUUUUGGCACCACCUUUUCCGGCGUCGCGUUUGCGUUUGCGACUAAUACAGAGGCGAAAGAAGACAUCAUCACAGAAUGGCCUGGUGCGGGCAAUCAGACCAAACAAAAGAUACCGACGGUGCUGUACUAUGAUCAAUACCAAAAAGUCGUUGGCUGGGGCCCAGAUAUAGCUGAUGCGCUUGCUCCUACUGGAUACCCAAAACCAGGUGUGCAAAAGGUGGAAUGGUUCAAGCUACAGCUUAUGCUUUCCGGGAAUACCUACAUCGAUCCCAUCAACCUCCCACCUCUUCCCCCCGGAAAGUCAGAGAUCGAUGUUGCGGCAGAUUAUCUCUUUAAAUUACGGCAGGCCAUGCGAAACCAACUACAAAAGACCCUGGGCGAAGUGUUCAACAGAGAAGAACGCAACAUCCGAUAUUUCCUUACUGUCCCUGCUAUCUGGAACGAUGCCGGCAAGGCUGCGACUCGUGCUGCUGCCAUACAAGCUGGCUUCCUGCGGGAUGAGAACGACAAUAGGCUCACUCUGAUUACAGAACCGGAGGCGGCUGCGAUGUUCUGUUCAAAGACUGGCCUUCUUAACCUGAAGAUAAGAGAUGCUGUCCUCAUCGUUGAUUGCGGAGGAGGCACCGUGGACUUGAUCGCUUACGAGGUAGAGGAAGAGACGCCUUUUACAGUCGCAGAAUGUACAGCUGGGUCUGGAGACUCGUGCGGAUCAACAGCACUAAACCGAAACUUCAGCAACAUCCUCCGAGCAAAAAUUCGUAAGAUGAAGUUGCCAGACGGAUCGAAGACUGCCGGCAAGGUCUACGCGAAGUGUAUUAUGGACUUUGAAAACAGAAUAAAAGCAGACUUCCGCAACAAUGGUCAAAAAUGGGCUGUUGAUGUUGGAAUCGAAGCCGAAUUCCCAGAAGCCGGUAUCGAAGAAGGCUACAUGACAUUUACAAACGAGGAGAUCCUGCAAUGUUUUGAGCCCGUUGUCAACCGCAUAUUGGAGUUGGUCCGCAACCAAAUCAUCGCGAUUCAAGCCCAGAACAGAAUACUCCAAAACGUCCUUGUCGUCGGCGGCUUCGGUGCUUCCGAAUACCUCUUCCAACAAAUCAAACUCCACGUACCCCCACAAUUCCAAGCCAAGGUCGUCCGCCCUAUGGACUCAGUCGCUGCUAUCGUCAAAGGCGCCGUCACAGCCGGUAUCACCGAGCGCGUCAUCACUUCCCGUGUAGCUCGCCGCCACUAUCUCAUGGCCACCCUGCAACCUUUCAAAGAGGGCCAUCACCCUGAACAAUACCGUGUACCAAGUUUGGACGGCAAAGAUCGAUGCAAGUAUACGCGGCAGAUCUUCGUGCAGAAGGGACAGAGGGUCAAGAUCGGAGAGCCAGUGAAGGUCAGCUUCUUCAGACAAGUGGCGCCCGGGGCGACCUUGAUGUACGAGGAUAUUUUGUAUGCGUGCGAUGAGGACGUUUGUCCGGAAUACACCAAGGAUCCUCGUGAGCCUUCCCCCCCUGGUUUGCUCUCGCUGGACGCAUGGUUUAACUUUUUGGCAGGCAUCAAGGAAGUUGUGACCCUGACAUCAGACCUCUCGCGCAAGAAUCUCGAGAAAGAUUUCGAGCGCAUGGACACCCCACAGGGAACCUUCUACCGUGUCUACUUUGACAUCCUCCUCGCCCUCGACGGCUCGGAAUUCAACGCCGAGCUCGUCUGCCAAGGUGAAGUCAUGGGCCGCUGCACCGCUCGCUUCAGGUGA